AUGUCCGUAGCGGACACAGCUAAGCUGGCUCCUCAACUUGGAUUGGAGGAGGUUUUGAAAGCCCUUGUCCCGUCAAACUACACUCUGGAUACCAUGAUCACAGCAUUCCCGGGCUAUCUAACUAACCUCUCGGACUACCUUUCAACGGCACCGAAAGACACUAUACAGACGUUCCUCUACUGGAAGGCUAUACAAAAUGUGGCUAGCUAUAUUGAGGCGGACGAGCUCAAACCUCUUAAAGCAUUCAAUAACAUUCUCUCAGGACGGGAGCCUGAUGCCACAAGUGAGAGAUACAAGAUCUGUAUUUCUCAUGUCGACAAUGGCCUCGGCUGGAUUCUGUCUAGAUUCUACGUGGAGGCCGCAUUUUCAGCCCAAGCUAAAACACUUGGAGACCAGAUCAUCUCUGACAUAAGGGAACAAUUCAUCGCUAGAAUCAAGACACUGGCCUGGAUGGACGGUCAGACUAAGAAAGUGGCUAUCGACAAGGCAACUAAUAUCAUCCAAAAGAUUGGCUACCCAACUGCCUCUCCAAACAUGACUGAUCCCGAGGAUCUUCUUAAUUACUAUGCCGGUCUAGACAUUAGUGAUGUGUAUUUCAACAACUCCCUGAACAUGGACAAACUUGCCGUCAACAAGUCGUGGAGUCAGUUAGGGAAGCCUUACGACCGCAACACCUGGUUUAUGACAGCAGACACUGUUAACGCAUAUUAUAACCCCCCAGGGAACGAAAUUGUCUUCCCUGCGGCUAUCAUGCAGUUCCCGGUCUUCGGUGCCGGUUUCCCCGGCUAUGUUAACUACGGCGCAUUCGGAUCCGUCGCUGGGCAUGAGCUCUCUCACGCUUUCGAUAACAAUGGCCGUCACUACGAUGCAGACGGGAAGUACACAGACUGGUGGACCAACCACACGGUUGAGGAGUUCACCAAGAGGGCGGACUGCUUUGUCGAGGAGUACAACAACUUCACCGUCAUCGGAACAAACGGAACAAUCCACGUCCACGGCGCGCAGACCCUAGGCGAGAAUAUUGCCGACGCAGGUGGUCUGACGGCAUCAUUCAACGCUUGGAACGCCCGCCGCCAGGACUAUCCGGACUCGGAUCUCCCCGGCCUAGACUAUUUCACGCAGGAACAACUCUUCUAUAUUGCCUACGGCAACUUCUGGUGCGCCAAGUACACCAAGGCAGCGCUUACCAGGGGUGUGCUGCUCGAUCCCCAUUCUCCUAACAUGUGGAGGCUGCAAGGUGCGGCAAUGAUGAAUGCCAGGGGCUUCAAGGAGGCCUUUAACUGCCCGUCAAAAGAGCCCACGUGCGAGCUGUGGUAA